CGAGGAGGCGGAAUGAUGCAUGUGAUUUCCUGGUUUGGAGGGAAAUACCACAAGCUCUCCCCCAGCAUUUAAAUGAAGCAAGGAUUGAGCAAAUAAACACACUGUACAGUUUACACACAACCUACCAAGAUCGCUAGAGCCAGGCUCCCGAGAAAACGCAGGCACAAUGAAGAUUUCAGUGCUGCUUUGCAUACUGGGAGCUCACUUGCCCUUACUGACAGCUCUUUUUGUGGUCACCUCUCCCAGACAAUUCUACACUGCAUCCUACGGCAAUAACAUCACUGUGGAAUGUAGGUUUCCAGUAGGCUCCAACUUCAAUGCGAAUCAGCUAAACGUGUACUGGUACCACAUUCUGGGUGAUGGAUCCUUGCAGGAGAUUUACAGAAUGCGUGAAGGAAAGGAAAUGCUUCAGGACCAGCCAUCUGAAUACAAAGAACGAGUCUUCCUCAUGUGGGAUGAGCUGUACAGUGGCCGUGCAUUGCUGGAAAUUUCACAAGUCAGAGUCUCCGAUGCAGGAACCUACCGCUGUGCCAUUGACCUUAAUGGAGUGGAUUAUAAAGAUACUGCACUGAAAGUCACAGCCUCUUAUGAAAACAUAAAGACCUCUGUCACAAAAGAAAAGGAAGAGACCGAGUUCAUUUGUCAAUCCAUGGGAUACCCUCUAGCUACAGUGGCCUGGCUCGAUGGGAAUGGUUGUGGCCUGAAUGAGACAGCGAAUACCACCUAUUUUACUGACAACCAGGGUCUGUAUAACAUCAAAAGUGUUCUGAGAGUUAAAGCUAAUAUCAACAGGACGUAUGUGUGUACAUUUUGGAAUAAAGAACUGAACAGGACUACGUCAACCGAUUUACGCAUUACAGAUAUCAAAGGGACACAUGAAGAGGCUGACAUUUUUCCUUCAGCUGUAGGAAUUUACAUCAUUAUAGCAGUGGUAACUGCUCCAAUAGUAAUUCUCAUUGUGAUCAUUCUGUUCCUCUUCUGGACCGUAAAAAUGAGGCGACGGCAGCACAAAACAUACAAAAAGACAAACAUGGAUCAUUCAUUGAUGUGAAGACCUCGCACUUGGAAUAAGGAGGAAGGCUUUGUAAUUUCAAACUCCUGAUGCUACAGCAAAGCCAGCACUGUAGCCACUGAACACUCUGUGGUAUUGCUCAGUGCCACACCAGUCUGAUGGAAGCUAGAAAAGAUUAAUACAAUAGCCAGCAUUGGUUCAACAUUGUCAAAACUGUGAUACUCGAACAAAUUCCUGCUUCUUAGAGGAUGUCCCAAAGCGCUUCACAGGAUGUACUGUAUAGUGCAAUAACUGUGUGUUAAGGAAUGAGGUUAAAACAUUCUUUGAAAUACUCCAUCCCCGCCACUCAAAUCUGGCUUUAAAAAGUCCUUGUGUUAUCCAUGUGACCAGGUAACAAGCAGAUUCACUGUUAGUGACAAUCAUUUUCAAGUGCAUCAAAUGGCCUUUGAACUUAAUCAGCAGGUACUGGAUGAACUCACUCUGAGGUAAGGCAGAAUCCUCUGUAUUAUCCCCAGAGGGGCAAAGAGCAAGAGAAGCCUUGCCUAAAUAUUUCAGGCUCAAUUUAUGUUGAAUUGAAGAAGUUCAGGCUUAUCUGGGACUUGAUGUUCAGUUUUGUCCAUAAAAUAUACAGCUAAUUCACUUUACAGUAUAUUAUGUGAAGC